AUGGAGAUUUUAGAGAAGACAGACAUGUUGAUAACACGAUACUUCCAAGAAGCACGCCAUGUAGAGGACAUUAUCGGAAUAAAAGAAGAUGGCGAAGAGAGGGAUAUAUGGAGACGAUAUAGCAAGGAGCGUAUGAAGACCGUAUCCGUAGCCCUUGUUCUUUGCCUUCACAUAGGAGUAGAUCCACCGGAUUCCGUGCCGAAGACUUCGGCGCGUGCACGCCUGGAAGCUUGGGUGGACCCGUACAGUUGCAAUCCACAAAAGGCAGCUUAUAAGAUAGCCACUUCACUACAGAAAAGCUACGAGAAAUGGCAACCACGUGCAAGGUAUAAAUCUGUGACUGAUCCGACGGGUGAAGAUGUACGCAAGUUGUGCGCCAGCAUGAGGCGGAAUGCCAAAGACGAACGUGUAUUGUUCCAUUACAAUGGACACGGAGUACCUCGGCCCACGCAGAAUGGUGAAAUUUGGGUUUUCAACAAGAAUUUCACUCAGUACAUCCCGCUGUCACUUUAUGACUUGCAAAUUUGUAUGGAAUUUCCAUCCAUCUAUGUUUGGGAUUGCUCCUCUGCUGAGACAAUAGUUAACUGGUUUAUGCGAUUUGCAAAGGAUCAUGAGGAUGAUUGGCACAAGAACUUGCUAGCUCAUCAGGAAACAGUCGCUCCUACGUCAAUAUCAGGGGCUAAAAUCAGCUCUCAUAUGACGGCUGAUCAACAAGCUGAAUCACUGAAAUUCAAACGACGCCCGAGGUUCCGAGACUGCAUUCAACUUGCAGCAUGUCGUGAGGAUGAGCGUUUGCCCACAAAUCCUGAUCUUCCUGCGGAUUUAUUCACUUCUUGUUUGACCACUCCAAUACAUACGAGCAUUCUUUGGUAUUUGAUAAAGAGUGGCAGAAAAAGCCAAUUCCCUCCCAAUUUACUCGAAGAAAUACCUGGCCAGUUGAAUGAUCGGCGAACUAUAUUGGGAGAACUUAACUGGAUAUUCACGGCUAUAACGGAUACAAUAGCAUGGAAUGCGUUGCCAAGGGAUGACUUUCAACGGCUGUUUAGACAGGAUCUCUUGUUAGCUUCGCUGUUUCGAAGUUUCCUUCUGGCCGAACGUGUAAUGGGUGGGAACGGGUGUACUUUAAUCGAUUUGUCUGGUAUAAUUGGAGAUGGUCAGGAAGUCCAACACAACUGGUUUUUUAUAGAGCAGUUGAAGGCGUUCGAGGUAUGGCUAGAGUACGGGGUAAACAAGCAGUCUUCACCGGAGCAACUCCCAAUUGUUUUGCAAGUUUUGCUAAGUCAAGCUCAUCGACAGCGAGCGCUUGAACUUCUUGCUCGAUUUUUGGAUCUCGGACAGUGGGCUGUUGGUUACUCCCUCUCCGUCGGAAUUUUUCCCUAUAUGCUCAAAUUACUCCAAAGUACAUCGAGAGAACUUCGGAUUUGGCUUGCUUUCAUCUGGGCAAAGAUCCUUGCUGUUGACCCUAGUGUACAGUCCGAGUUAUUUAAAGAGAAUGGCGAUGAACCAGCCCGAUUUGAAUCCACAAAUCGUGCAAAGCCAGUCCAACUUCGGUACCAUUUUUUCGUCACAAUCCUCAACGAUCCCGAUACACUGCCUCGACAAAAGAUUGUUGUCGCUUUCGUUUUGGCGACGCUAUUCCAUAAUAACUACAGAAUCGCACAAGAAAAUCUCACAAAGAAAGGAUAUGUCAAUCUCUGCACUGAGUUGUUGAGCGAGAAUCAGGCAAAGGACUGCCGGCUGUUAAAAUUAUGGAUAUUGAUUGGACUAGGUCGCCUAUGGGCAGAUUAUGAUCCUGCUCGCUGGCAAGCUGUGCGUCUUGUUGCCUACGCUAAGGUUUUGAAAGAGCUUGAUGACAACGCUCCAGAAGUUCGUGCUGCUGCAGUGUAUGCUUUGGGAUGUCUUGUGAAGAAUCGUUCGGAAACAAACGAACACGCGGCAACGAUUGAUCAAGAGAUAUGCGAUGACUUAUGUAACAAGUGCACAAAAGAUGGAUCUGUACUCGUCCGUGAGGAGUUGCUGAUUGCCCUUCAGUGGUACAUCAUCGACUUCGAGCAGCGAUUUGCGAAAAUUUUUUGGGAUCUGUCAGAGACCUUGGGUAUUGAAAUGAUCGCUGAUAUGCAAGAAGACAACUUCGAACACAAUGCAAACGACAUUGCCUCCACGAUUAGGAACAACGAUUCAAAUGGACCUUUAUCUAUGUACACGGGACCAGGGCGAAAAUCAUCCGUAUACAGACGACGUCAGAGACCGAGCGAGGUCAUGGCAGUUGAGGAAGUUGUGACUAUGAAUGAGCCGACAGACCGGAACUCUCUAUCCUCUUCUAUUAGCCAAGUGAUGUCCUUAGUGUCCUCUUAUACUGGUCCAUCUAAAGGCGAUAUUGCGUUCAGGGAACGUGCAAAGAAACAACUGGCUUACCUGGAGAAUAAGAACUUCAAGGAGCCCUUGGAACGCACCUGGGUAGCGUUGCUGCGCUUGUCCUUGGAUCCUGUACAAAAGGUUGCUCUGAUGGCUCAUAAGCUGGUUCGCCACGUGGAAGUAUUGGCAUUGGGUCUCCAGAGCAGCGCGACAGCCCUCACUGAGAAGAUUGACAAGGUGUCAAGCUUCGCUUCGGUGGAAACUGCUAUUCCGCAUUCUGAUAUUCCGUUUGAUGAAAUACCGGAAGUGGACGGUUCUGCUAAGUUAGGAGGAAGCAGUGAGAAUGAAGGAGGAGGAGUGCGGUUUAUGAUUGGCAGCCCUGUGACAGCAGGCUCAGCGUUAUUGCCACCUGAGGGGAACGUAAAUGCUAAUAGCUUGUCUUCCAAUCCUGACGUUGAUUGUGCAUCUCCCACUGGAAUGUUCGACCACCAGGGUCCGUCUAGCAAACCGUCAGCGGCUACCUUGCAACGUCCGACACGACAGCCUAAUCAACGCAAGUUAUCUAUGCCAUCACGCUUUCCACCACCCGGUAGAGGAUCAGAAUCAAAAUCACAGUUGGCUGAGAUGUUGAAGCAGACUUUUACACCAAAGAGAGGAACAACUGCUCGUGGUGAGUUCUCGUCGGGCACUCCAGUGGCGACUACUGCUGAGCCGCUACUCACCUCAGAGUUCGUUCCAUGGUGUAGCCGUAUAUUCGUCCAGCCAAUCCUAGAUUUGAUUCACUGUAAAGAGGAUGUGGAGGAUUUCACGGAUCGCGCGCUUACACUGGUGAAUCCUACGGAUUGGGCUAUUUUUAUUGAACAAGCGCAACAGCAGCACGCUCAUGCAGAAUUCGAAGUGUUCAAAUCUGUACCAUGCGAUUCGUUAUUGGUAGCUGCUCGUGUUCCUUCAUCUCCAACUGUUGUUUCACUGUCCAUGUUGCGAAAGUCUAUCUAUACUACGGACGGUGAACAAAUAUAUAUUACACGUUAUGAGAAGUCACACAACCACAUUGCACAGAAAUUCUCCUGCAAUGCAGGAAAUCCUUUUAAUUCGGAUAAGACAACUGCACUGAUAGUUAUUAACGAGAUGUCACGUGAAAUGUUGCUUUGCGGGUCUUCUACUGGUAUUGUAAGGGUAUGGGAUCUUUCAUAUAAUAUUCAUUCUCACGAAAUAGAAGAUUUGCCACAACUGGUCACUGCCUCGAAUCCUCUGUGUGAUCAAUCAAGGCUACCUCUAUCAAAUUAUGCCGUUCAUCCGACGUUAUAUGAUUGGAGCCAGGAAACUGGCCGCUUGGUAUGUGGCGGAAACGUACGGGUAAUUCGUGUGUGGGAUGCUCACUAUGAAAGGACUGCCCAAGAUAUUGCAAUCGCUGUUAAAAAAGGAGCAGUGACUGCACUUUCUGGUGAACUCGACCAUAACGACCUCAUCGCUGCAGGAUACCGCGAUGGAGUCGUCAAUGUGCACGAUAUUCGUGUCCCAGCAAAGGAGUCCCUGAUAAUGUCGUUCCACGAUUUGUCUUCCCGCGUUGUGGGUGUCGCGAUUCGUGUCGAUUCGAAAGGCAAUGCAAUUGUUGCGGCGGGUGAUGAAGGUGGAGGUAUCUGUGUUUGGGAACCCAGAAUGUUCAAGGUGCCAGUGGUUGAAAUAGAGGCGGGCCGCGAAACACACGAGCCGCUAAGGAACUUCAUUGUGCACAAGAAUGCGGAGAUGUUCGCUUGUGUGUUGAAAGCUGAGAUCAAGUUAUAUGACAUUUGCGGUGUACCUUUAUGUAAUAUUCGUCAGAACGAUUUCGAGCGAAGGCCAACUCAGAAUAUAGCUGCUGUUGCCAUGCACAAACUUAGGUGUAUGAUUGCUAUCGCCACCGGUGAUGGAGCUGUUAAUGUAUACGGGCAGGCAAAAACUAGUCUGUAG